AUGGCCGUCCAUCAGGCAGCCCCUCCCGUCUCCGGACUUGACGCUGCGUUUCCCCUUGAAAAAGCACCAGUGCAAGUAUCGGCGCAAGAGAUUGAGUCGAUCGGACAUGAACUCACCAGCCCGUCGACGGACAAGACGGGAAACUUCCUUGUCGUCUCGCCCUACACCGAGAAGGAACAUCUUCUCGACCUGAGAACACUCGACACGGAAAACGCACUGCUCGCCCAAGCCCUCGUUCACAUGCAAUGCCUGCGGCCUGAUUACGCCACGGCCCCCUACGUUGACACAUUCAACUGGCCCGAGGUGGUCAAGGAGGUGUCACGACUGGCACGGCAGCACGAGCACCCAUGGAAGGAGACCUCGUUCUAUAUCGUCGUGUUCCGGUCCCAGAUCCCACCGACCACAGUGUACGCCGAGCUGGGUGCGUUGGACAAGGCAGCCCAUGCAGAGGCCACAGCCAGCGGCGGAUUCCUGAAAUACUGGUUCGGUAGCCCUGACAGGGACGGCAGAAACCUUGCUACCUGUCUGUGGAGAACCCCGGAAGAUGCAAGAAAAGGAGGAGUCGGUCCCGCCCAUCGACAGGCGGCGUCUGCAGCGCGACACUUGUACUCCCAUUGGAAGAUUGACCGGCAUAGGCUUAUCAUUCGAGACGACGUGCAAAGCUGGGAACUCAUUGACUGGGCUUGA